GUGUAUAUAAAGGCAGUUACUAAGUUGAACGAUGGCAUUUAAACACGUACAAUGCCAGUCUGUAACCCACAUUUAAAGCCCAUUUAGAGUUCAGUCUAGCGUACAUUAUAUGAAUUUAUCUUUUGUAGGUUUCUAUCUCUCACGUAAACGUCAUUUUAAGCCACAUGAGUCACUGCCGGCUGAGUGGAAUGUCUAGGGUGACAUGCAGAGUUUGGACCGGGAUGAGUCAACAGUGUCGACCGGAUUUCGUACUGAGUGAUCCAUUUGCGACAUGAGCAUUUGUUUGAUUCAUUGAAUUCAGCAAUCCUUUUACAGUAAAUGAAAGCGUGUUUAUUGUCUGCGAUAUCUGUACUUGGAGCAAGAAAAAUCGAUAUGCUACUAUCAUAUAGGACUUCUUUGACGUGUGUAUUUUCUUAGAAGACUCCCCUUCCUCUACUGACUACCUUGAGACUAUGGAAACUUUAAAAAAUCAGAUACAAGUUCAAAAGCAGUUGAAAUUUUUCUGUUUGUGUCUAAACAAGAUCAAUAUAUUCGACCUCUGUCUUUGUCUGUGUUGGCUAGAGACCCUUUCAAACUGUCCUACCUGGUCGAACGUCGAACCAAGGAGGGUCUUGAAAGAGUCGAGCCAAUGUUGGUCAAACCAACUCUAUUAACGUUAGCUUCUGGUCAAAAGGAAAAAUUGACCAACCAACGGUUGAGUAACAAGUCUUUUGAACAACCGUGAAUCAAAGACGUUGGGGUUGUCGUAAAUACAAGAAAAAAAGACAGGAAGGAUUGCAAAACGACGCGUGCGUGGCCUACCCGGGACAAAACCCGGAAGUGCCGCGUCAUGAACGCCGUUCGCGGUUUGCUUCUUGGGUGGGUCAAAGUUCUUACAUCCGGGUGUUCCCACCGGGUGUUGACCAAUCAGCUGCCUCGGCUCCAAACUUUGCUAUCCCGUAGUGUGAGUACGGCCCUCACCGCGGGCUGGGACGUCUUCAAACUCCGGGAACAACUCCUCAAGACAUCUGGAGGGCAUUUACACGUGUUAAGCCACAUGCCGUUAUCGGUGUAAGGUUCCCGUGACUUGUCGAGACAUGUCGGUGCCGAAGUUGAACGUGAAGUACGCGGGCGUUCCGCUGUUUGCAGAGUAAGGCGAACCGCUCGGCACAGGUGGUUUUCUUUGAAGUUGUUGUUGGGCAGCAGGUGUUCCUGCAUGCAACACAGUGAGCCUGCGCCGCAGCGUGCCACAAUCCGUUCGCCAUGCCGAUUACGGAACAGAACGCCGAUCAGUUCCUGCAGACUCUUGUCGUGUCCCCGCCGGCGGGAGACUUGGAAGGCGACACGCAGCACGCCGUGGAGAUUCUCAAAACGUACCUCACUUCCAUCUCACCCAGGCAGAAGAAGGUGAAACCGGUCAAAAAGUCAGGGAAAGGAGGCGUGCCAGAGAUUUCCGGGCCGAUCACCUCGGCGAGUCUGUUGGUCGAUGAUAAAGACCAUCAGGAUGUCAAAGUUUUCACCUUUAGAAACUGUCCCAGCCUGGAGAAGUUCGGGAUAACUCUAACCAAUGUUCCCGCGCAGGAUGGAGGGAUGAAACAGAAGAAGUCUUCGGGAAAGAAGGUUUUAGGAAAUAUUCAGGUUGCCACGGUAACAAGAGAUGGACACGCAGCUCAGGACAAGAGACUGAAGGUUGGGGAUGAAGUCUUAGAGGUCAACGGACAUCUUAUGGUCAAAGUGUCUCAGGAGAAGGCCAGGUGGAUCAUUGACAGUGCACUGAAGAGCGGUAAGAUGGUGAUGGCCAUCCUGCGCAAGGUGAAGCGGCGUGCACCCCUGCCGCCGGCUCCGGCCCACCCUGCCCCCCUCCCCCCUGGCAAGGUCACUGCUCCACAUCCCCUGGGCAACUCCCGGGUCAUGUCCCAGUCCCAGGAAGUCUUGUCGGUGUCUAAGAUGUCAGGUAAGAAGCUCAGGAAGGCGUCUUCACAAGAAGAACUGUCUCUAGGGUCAAAGUCUUCACUUCAAGAUGAUCCCAAUUCAAGAUAUGACCCUGCAAAAGAACUGUCCGACAAACUGGACCGACUCAUAGCAAGCACCAGCCAACCCCGGCUGGAACACGGGAAGAGCGGUGGGGUACCCCCGUUACCACGCCAACCCGUCUCAGCAGCAACACCCCGGCCCCAGUCCAUGCCGCCUGACAUCAUGUCCCAGCAUGCACUUGGCAAUGACAUCGCCAUGAUUGACAGGCCUCAGUCUGUCCUGGUGCAUGACCUGCAGGAUGUCCCAGAAUGCACCAGUCCCAGGGAUGCUGUCCUUCAGCGUGUGGCAUCAGCGGAGAGCCUGGACGACAUCUCAGACGUUGAGAUGUCCGAGUACCAUCCCAGCAUGCACCUGGGCAGUGAGCAGCAGGGAGUGACAGACGAGACGAUGGAAAAGAUGGCAGCGAUGGUCGGUCAGCGGUACGGGCGGAAACUCACACCCAGAGGACUCCGACGGAAACGACAUGUUGUGAAGAUGCAUCUGCUGAAGGAGCAGGGGGGUCUGGGGGUGCAGAUUGCAGGGGGAAAGGGGUCAAAAAAGGGUGACAUCGGAAUCUUUGUCACAAAUGUGGAGAAGGGAGGAGCUGCACAAAGGGACGGGCGUCUCCACCGUGGGGAUGAGAUCCUGAUGGUGAACGGGCGCAGUCUGAUUGGCCUGUCGCAUCAGGAGGCGGUGGACCUGCUCAAGUCUACGGGCAGCCUGGUACAGCUCGUCAUCGCUACCAAGCAUGCUCCAAAGGACAAGAGCAAGAGGAAGUACUCCCCAGAUAUUUCCCAGUUUCCCUUGACAACCAUAUCACUGCCAGCCUAUCAGCAAACAGAGGGCCAUAGUGCCGUGGACACAAGCUCUGAAAAGUCGCAUGAUCAGGACUUGUCCCCAGGACACACAGCAGCAACACAAGACAGUCCUGGCACCAUGGAACGUCUGUCACAUGACCAGUUCUCAUCCCCAGAGUACCCAGCCGCAGGAGAUGUUUUGUGUGACCUGGACACAAGCCCUCUUGGUGAGACAUCACAUGACCAGAACUCUUCCCCGGAACACCCAGCGGCACGCGGGAUGCGGCAAAGUUGGAGCCUGGAGGGCAUCAAAGAUUUCACAGAGACGGGCAAGGUCGACCGGAGGUUAUCACUACAAGAGGUCAAACUCAAGCGGGGCACGGAUUAUGUGAAGACGCGACGCUCACAGAGCUCGGCCAUGUUGGAACGGCGCCACUCACCUCCCAUCGUCACGACGAUAUCGCUGCUGAAGGGGGUGGGGGGCAAGGGCCUGGGGUUCAGUAUUGUGGGGGGUGAGGACUCCGCACGCGGCAGCAUGGGCAUCUUCAUCAAAACCAUCUUCCCUGGGGGCGCAGCCGCCAAGGAUGGACGACUCAAGGAAGGGGAUGAGAUUCUGGAGGUAAAUGGCAUCACCCUACAGGGUCUGACUCACCAGGAGGCCAUCAACAUCUUCAAGCAAGUGAAGAAGGGGAUUGUGUCUCUCCAAAUAAGGAGCCGUCAAUCAUCGCCUGGCCACACCCACAACCUGUCCCCCAGCCAAUCAGUGGACAGCACCCCAUGUCACACCCCUGGCCACAGCCCCAGGCCCAGCCUCACAGACUUCUCACAUAUCAUCCCUCAGGAUGCGAGCCCAGCCCAGCCCCAGAGCCCACACACGGUUGACUCUGCCUUCCUGGAGAAGUUCCGCCAGCAGUACGAGAUUCCGCCCGACCGCAGACUCCUACAGGUCAAAACUAACAAAGAGCCAGGUAUGGGUCUGGGGAUCGGUGUGGGGUGCGUUGGGCUUCCUCUUGGAGACGGAAGUGGGUACGGCAUCUUUGUCCACAGCAUCGCCAAGACUUCACCUGCCAAGACACAAGGCAACCUACACCGUGGAGACCAGGUUCUUGAUGUGAACGGGGCCUCGCUGCUGAACGUGUCGCUGGACGAAGCGUACGCCGUGUUUGCUGGGCUGGAGGCGGGGUGGAUCAGGCUGGUCAUCAUGAGACACCUCGAUCCGAAGGUGUCUGAGCUUGAGAUGGAUGCUGCUAUACAGGAGAUGUCCGUCAUGCAGCUGAGGGAGGAACUGCAGCCCAUGGGUGCUGUGCACAAGAUGGGACAGGACACCUUAGCUGGCCAGCAGGUUGCCGCUUCGGACGAGCCAGCAGCGCUGUCAGGACCACUGCGCCGCAUCCUGGAGGAGACCUCGAACAGGGAUUCACCCACUACUGAGACAGAGCUGGCACAGAUCCUGGGAUCCUCCCUCCAGGAAGACCACCUCUACAAACCCGAGGACUCAGACACGCCCCGAGGAGUCUUAAGACACGACAGGGUGCUAUCCCCCCGGCAGAAAAAAGUUUCCUUUGCUGAGCCCGAGUACAUAGAUGAGAACACGCCAAAAAAGGAGCCGCGCUUGCCCCUACCCAAGAAGCAGGCCUGUUUGGACCACCCUGCAACGGUAACACCAACACACGGGCAUGAUGCCAUGGAAUUCGGGGAGGAUUUGGACUUAAAUGGGAUUGACUUCGAGAUCGGGGAGCAAAGCCAAAACCCAAAGGAGAGAAGACCGUAUGGAAUAGCCGAGGAGCUCUGCAGUGAGCAGCAUGUGUCCUCCGGGAUAGUUCCAGUUGACACGGAGCAAACAUCAGGUCAGCAGUGGACACAGAUAGAGCCACAAGUUCACAACAGACAAGGCAAACCUGUCAGCAUGUCAGGCCGGGGGACUGACAGGUCGUUAGGGGAGGAGCUGUUGGAUGAUGACUUGGAGCAGGGUGUGGUAGAGAUGCUGGCUAUCCACCGGCGACGAGGGGAGAAGCUCGGGAUGGAACUGAAUGUUGUGGGGAAUUCUGACCCAGAGGAGCCCAUCGAAGGUGUGUUCGUGCGGUGCGUGACGGCAGGAGGGGCGGCAGACCGCGCGCACGGCGGUAGUGGGGGGCUGCGACACGGGGACGAGAUCCUGUCAAUCAACGGGCAGAUGCUACGAGACAUGACCCAGAACGAGGCCAUCGCACUGUUUCAGGAGUUACCUGACACGGUGACUACGAUCGUUGCGAGGAACGUGCGCGGCGCGGGAAGCUCAGAGUCCAGUUCCCAGGAUGAGACGGACAGAACUCGGGAGGUUUCCUCCCCAACAAACCCCCUGACACGACAGAAUGCCUUCGAGUCCGGUAACGUCUCCAGAUCCGAAACGGCAGACUCGAUCAAGUCACAUCAUUCUGGCAGUGUUCCUACGGAUGAUGGUAAUGAUGACAGGACAGGUCCUCAGCAGAUAAGUGCGGAUACAGACGUUGUACAUGUGCCUGAGGGAUAUGAUUUGAAAGUUGUGCAAAUCCAUAAGAGGAACAGCACCAGCAUGGGACUCAGCAUUGCCGCCUGUGAUGGACCGACCACAGGAUAUCACCAGGUGCAGAAGGUGAGCAAUGGGAGCGUCUGUGCCAGGAGCGGACAGGUGGUUGUUGGAGACUGCAUCGCUGCCAUCAACGGACACUGCCUGAAAAACAGGCCACACCUGGAGGUCCUGCAGGCACUGAACCUGCCCGCACAGGACGUCACGCUCGCCAUCCUCAGGAAAAGUCAGGCAGUGCAGCAGCACAACGGAGGCUACCCAGAUGUUGAGGAGAGUCGGGAUGUUCCAGUGACUGACAUUGAUGACCUGCUGUUCAGUUCUGACGAAGAAGACCAGGUGAAGGCUGCAGGUGGGGAACAGCAGAAGGUUAACGGGGGAUGUGAUGAGUUAGAAGCCUUCUUGGCUCUGAUGAAUGAGGAGAGUAAGAGAGGAGCAUCUCUUGGCCUCUUGAGUGGGAAGCUGACUCCAGUUGAUGAGGAUGAGGAUGAAAAUGAAGCACCAGUACAAUCGCAAAAUGUAUCAAACAAUGUUGACAUUUCGAAAGAUUUACCCAUAGAUGCCAACAAAGACACUGAUAACGGUAGCCUUGAUUCCCCAGUCUUGCCAAUGAGUCAAAUUACAACGAGUGUAGAAAGUCUACAUGGCGGCCAACGCUCCCCCGAACACACGUCUCCUCGAGGCAACAAGAAACGGUUGUCGUUACCGUGCGAGGAUGGGGAAGAUUCAUUACCUGGCGAGAGCGUUCCUCCUUGUCACCUGCGGCAGGUGUCGACAGAAAGUCGAGACAGCACCAGCACAUUCGACAGCACCUGGGAGAGGGUCAUCUCCGACGUUGAACUGAACAGUGAGUUUGAUGAUGACAAUGACAGUGUCAUCCUAGAAACCCCCCCACCUCUUCCCCCAUACAAUGCUCCCCACCUGUUCAAAGACGUUCUUGGGACAGAAGACAUAAUUGUGCGUGCCAGCCCCAUGUAUGGCCCAGACUCAAGCAGCUCAGACUCAGACACACUAAAAGAAAACUCAGACUCAGAAGAUGCCUUGGAAGUAAGUCUUGAACAUGCAACUCCAUCCAGAAAUCCCUUGAAGGCUAAUCAGUACCAUGGUAUUGACCCUGCAAGGCUCACAGUGGGGAGACAUAUCUCCAAGCCAAUAGCAGCACCAGGACACUCACCUGCAAGCUCUGUCAGGAAGACACCCUCCUCUCCAGAGGAAGCAGAAGUUCCUUCUCCUCCAAUGGGAUUCCGGGACAGUGACGAAAUGGAAUCUAAUCUGUCAGAAUCUGUGAACAGCACACUGUCUGCCGCCGAGAGCUCACUCGAUCCUGACGAGGAGAAUUUUCUGGAUGAACCCCUCAGCCUUCCAGUCGAGUCAGAAGCCUUGGAGACACCGUCCAGCCUGCAGGGUGAGCCUGCCUCCCCGUCUGCCUCAGACCUGCCGGAUGUGUCUGAGUUGUCAAGCGAGAGUGGCAUUGAUAGCAGUGUCACCACAGCAACGACCUCUCCCAGCAGUGACAGCUACACUUUGAACCCGCAGAGCACUGAGCUGUCUGACAUCACCGAGGAGGCGUACGCGUCGGCAGCUUCCAACGUUUCCCGCAGAAGGGACACAAAAAAUGGCCAUAUGGAGAUGUCAGACUCGGAGAGCGAGCUGUCAGAGUUCAACCCCAUGCAGUUUCCACGGCAGCCGCCAGAUGGUCACGAGUUUCCCGAGGAGAUGAGCAGUUCACGCUGUUCUAGUGACCUCUCCAGGGAAACCAGCGACCAUGACCUUGGUAAGGUCAUGAAGUCAUCCUCCGAGGACGCCAGCGGAGAAUCAGGACCUUCAUCCAAGAACUCACCUCAAGAAUCUGUUGAAGACAAGGAUUCUCCCAAGGCAGCUUGGUUCAGGCCCACUACCCUGGGCCAAAAUCACCAUGGUGGCCUGUUACAGCUGGGAGCAAAGCCAGCAGACCUGGCCCAGCCAGUCUCCAAAUCCAGAAGUCCUAGCGGCGACAGCCCACUCAGCCUUGCUUCAGUGCCUGUGCUUAGGACAAGUCCUUCCAUCUUGAAAAAAUUUGAACUUCCAGAAACAAAGUCUGGCACCACACAUAAGUCUGAGAGUCUACUGUCUCAGGGAAAUGUGAACAAAAACUUGGGGUCCCCCUUAAGGUCCUUAACAGUGCAACACAAGGCUAAGCCACCUCCUGUGCCUCCUAAGCCACUUCCUCACUUGGACUUGGAACAUAAAGACAAAAUGGACACAACCUCAGCAGAUGUAAAUAAGAAUGUGUCGUCUACCAAGAAGAAAGUUGUGUCACUUAAUCCUCUGUCAAGACCGCCUCUUUACUCCUCACAGUCAGAAGACCUGAAGUCACCUCCUUGGCAGAAAAGAAAAUUGCGGACUAGCUCCCUAUCAGAGGAUAGCAGUACAUCGCCAAACCUGUUCUCCCCCAAUUCUCCAGUGAGACAGUCCUACCAGCAACACGACCUCUGGGAAAACCAGACUCGAUCAUCUCUGCCAUGGGGGAGGAAAGAGCUGAAGUCUAACCCUUCAUGGAAAAGAUUGGAGAGAACGUCUACAGGCUCUACUGAUGAAGAGAGCAGCACGCCAUCUUCCCUGCCAUCCUCUCCCUUCCACAAUAAACAUGAGGCAACAGCAGGGGAUGCCAGCUAUGUGUCAAAGGUCAGGCAAGCUUUUGAACAGCAGGCGCACAGCACCCCUGCUGUCUUUCCUGUGCUAAGAGAGCAGGGAAGCAGUGAGAAAAGUAGAAUCAGACAGGACAGUUUGGGCGAAGAGAAGUUUGCCUUUCCUAACAAACCUAAUCAGAAGGUACCACUUAUAUCACAUGAAGCUGCCCUGCCAGAUGCCCUUGAGAAUGGUAGUGAAAAGUUCCUUGACCUUGAAAACAGAAAUACCCCAGAAGAGCUGGAAGUGGAAAACCACCUUGACAAUGAAGAAGAUGUAUUUCAUGUUGAACCAGAAAACAUAGAUGAUGGUAGACUAGCAGGAAGCAAUGAGAAAGUGCAGAGACUUGAUGUAGAUGUAAGUGAUGAGGUUGAAGGUGAAGACAAGGACAGCCCUCCUCCUCCUCCUGACUCCCCCCCUCCCCUCCCCCCAUCCUCUCCACCAAACACAGACAAACUACAGGAACAGGAAACUCCAAACUCCACCCAUUCCUCACCUGAAGAGGUUGCUAAGGUGGAGAAAACUGAUUCCUCUUUUGGCUCCAAGUUGGGGGAUCUUAAAUCCAGCAGGUUGGGGCUACAGAUGUUAUCUAGGGCAGCAUCUCCACCAGCUAAGGAGCCUGAUGACUCAGCAGAUCCUGCCAUUGCUGCAGACAAGCAGCCUCUGAAGGUUCCCACCUUCACCAUCACCAGAACUUCCCUCAUCGACCUGCAGCCCAAACUGUCAGCCUCCACCAAGCUGAAGGGCCUCUCUCUACCUGGGAAGUCCGAUAGCACCUCAUCACCAGGGAGUUCCCUGCAGACCGUCACCAGUGCACUGCCAACAAUACGCAGCAGCCUGAGUAGCUCAGGACUCCAGCUGCCCACCAGGUCCAGCACCAGUCUGUUCGGCUCCAAGCCACUGGCCCCCAUCACACUCACCAGCCUGGUGGCCAAGCAGCAGAAGUUUGGGGGAAAGGCUGGAGGUCUUAACAGUAUGAAAGGUGGACUGUCAGAUAGGAAGAUUUCUCCUCCUGGACCGUUGGAUAGACAUCAGCCACAGGAGACAUUAGCAGGAGGGGAAAGUCAAGAUAUUGUAGAAGAUACUACAGAAAUGCAUCAUACUGAUUCUAAAGGUGAAGCUGACAAAGAAAAUUUAGACUAUUCUAAAGAAUUUAAAGCCAUCGGUGAUUCUCUUUCUGCCCUCCCAAAACAAGACAAUGACACCCCAGCAGUAACAUCCAGGGAUCCCCAUUCAACACCCGCGACCCCAGAACCCCCAUACCUACCCUCUGAACCUCCUCCUCCUGUGCUAACAGACCAGUCACCAUCUGCCUUGUCAGAUGAUCUUUCACCUUUGAUCUCUGAACUCUCCACUGUGUCCGGAACAUUGUCGAGUCCAGAAGAAUUUGCAGCAGGCACCAAUGAUCCCUCAUCAGCAAAUCCUGUAGACAUGGAGGCCAAGCCUCCAGCUAUCAGACAACAUCCUUCCAAAGACAAGGCAGAGUCGAAGCCGACAUCCUCGUUCCUGGAGCAAUUCCGAGCUCAGAAGGCACAGAGUCUUCCAAGUGCAGCUUUGGCCAAAAAGGGAGGAAAUGAUUCUUCAUCUGACCUACCAGAAGUCUCAAGUAUUUCUGGAAGCAAACAGUCAACAGUUCUUCUGAGCCCACCAACAAGUCCAGUCCUGCCAUGUGGUCCUGUUGACCUGAGUACUUUCUUGCCAGAUGCAGGCAUCAACAAGACAAGCACGCCUGUCAAAGAAGAAAAAGACACAUGCUUGAACAUGGAGGCCACCAUUGGAGCAGAUUCUGAUGAUGUAUUUGACUUGGAGAAUUCGAGAUUGGGAAGCAGGAGACCUAAGAUCGACAGAACUGUCUCACAAGACUCCAUGGACUCCUCACGACAUCGCACCUGGUCCAACAAGUCUACAGACUCCACCUCAUCAGUCUUGUCGUCCUCUACGUGCUCCCUCCUGUCCAGGAGCGAGAUCGGACGACUUAUCGAGGAAGCCAAUGCUUCCCUGGAUGAGCCAACAGAUGAUGACAUCCGGGUGGUGAUGCUGAGGAGGGAGGAGGGAGAGGGGUUGGGCUUCAGCAUUGCGGGAGGCUGUGAUCAGGAGAACAAGCAGGUCACGAUCCACCGGAUCUUCUCCCACGGUCUGGCUGCACGAGGCGGCGAGCUGCAGAAGGGUGACGUGAUCCUGUCCAUCAACGGGCGGCAGCUGAGGGAUGUGAGUCACAGGAAGGCGCAGGAACACCUGAAACACGCGCGGCCUGACACUGUGCUGGUGGUACAGAGGAGGAAACUGGAGGAAACACCUGAGCACAGGACAGGGGAGGCUGGGGGCAAAGUGGAGCAGACAAUACAAGGUCAAAUUAAUGGAGAACCAAUCAUUGACAAGCAGAGUUUACCAGCAUCUAAAGAUGAGCCCCAAACCUCAGCCAGCCAAGCACCACGGACGGACAAGUCCAGACCUACAACUGAACCUGCACCAAUCACCGUGCACCCCACACAGCCCACAGGUUCUGCACCAGUCAGCGACAAGCCUACAGAGCUGGUGGAGCUUGACAAGGGUCCAUUUGGGCUGGGGUUCAGCCUGGAGGGGGGGAGGGGGUCCCCUCGAGGAGACCUCCCAAUCACCAUCAAGAGGAUUUUCAGAGGUGGCGGAGCUGAUAGGUCAGGUGACCUGUUUGUCGGAGAUGCGAUCGUGGCGAUCAACUCGACUGAUGUGAGCACCAUGUCGCACUUCGAGGCCUGGAACAUGCUGAAGGCACUGCCUGCUGGGAAGGUUUCUCUGCUCAUCAGGCAUAAAUACUGAUCAUCUGUUGCCAUGGCAACGAGGAAACAUGAUCUGAUAGUAUUACUAUAUACACAAUAGCAACAACCUAGGCAGUCCUACUUACAGAAUGAGCAGAAAUUUUGAUUAAACUUCCUGUGCUGCUUUUGGUGGACAAUCUCUUUAUCUUAGGUUCAAUGGAAAUCUUUUUGUGGUGUAAUGAUUGGAAAUCAACCAAUUCAUUCAAUCAUUGCACAUACUGCAGCCAAAUUUUGUUCUGAAGAAAGCGUUACAAUGUUUACAACAUGGAGCUACUUGUGGUUAAGAUAUUUAAGAACUAAGAUAGAACCAUGUUGAAGUUCACUUUUUACCUAAGAAUGAAAGUGCAAUCAUUUUUCCAGAAGAGGGCACAAGCGGCUGUGAAAUGCACCAGUGAAACUGGUUCCAUCCCAAAUCGACUGAAAUUUUUAAUCACAUUCAACUGUACAGUUUUAAUGUCUUCUGAAAGUAUAUGUGCCUAAUUGAAUUAUCUUUUCCGUUUAUAGAAUAUGAAAC